AUGACCGACUUCAUUCGACGUCAUUUCAGGCAGUUUGCUUCUACAGUUGAACGAAGAAAUAGCAGCUCCGGUUUAGUAUUACCGGCUUAUCAAGCGUAUUUCCAUAAUGGUGGUGAAGAACGACUUGUGGAUGGUCCUCCUCCCUCACCCAAGGAGUCCAGGGUUGCACAGUUGGAGCAACGAGUACGAGAAUUGGAAGCGAUGAUGGUCGGGCAAGGACCAAACAACACUGUCGUUAUACCGGUGACACCGACGCAACAAUCGAAACGUACGUGA